AUGGAGGAACCGACCACUAGUGAGCUGAAACUCUCAGAUAAUGUAAUGAAUGAGAUAAGCGAUAUGUGCAUCACAGAAUACUGCAAACCUAAUAUGAGCCUGAUGGCACAAAUAAAUGAACUAUUCCCAACUGAACAAUCGCUUACUCAGUUAGAUUCCAUAAUUGCAUCAGUUGAAGGAGAAAUUGGUGAAUUGGAUAAUGAGUUAGCAUAUCUUGUAGAAACAAAUGCAAAUGUGAGCGAAAGAGGAGAAGAAGCGCUGAAACAUGCUCAAGAUGCAAUGAUUGAACUUGAAAAAAGUAUAGGAAGUAUAAGAGAACGCACAAAAUCUUCUGAUGAGAUAGUUCGAGAAAUGACCCGAGACAUCAAACAACUGGACAUUGCCAAACGAAAUUUGACUGCUUCUAUCACGACACUACAUCAUCUUCACAUUUUACUGACUGGAGUAGAAUCACUGGGUGCUUGGGUCGAUAAGAAAGAUUAUAGUUCGAUUGCUCGGCAGCUUCCUGCAAUUCUGAAUGUUUUGCAAUUAUUCGAUGCCUAUAAAGAAUCAGAUCAAAUUGCAAAUCUUUCGGGACAACUCGACAAGCUGAAAGCAAGCUUGACUAUACAACUUGCCAAGGAUCUUAAAAAUGCUUUCCAGACUGGACAACUCAGUGAUCGAAUCACAGAUAUGUGUAGAGUGGCGGCUGCAUUGGAAGGAAACGUAAAGGAGAACUUUGUAAAAUGGUUCAUCGAACAGCAACUCAGUGAAUAUGUUAUCAUUUAUGCUGAUAAUGAAGAAGGCGCAUGGUUGGAUAAAGUUGAUGAUCGAUACAAAUGGUUCGUUCGUAAAUUGACGGAUUUCGAAAGAGCAGGACUUUCAAACAUUUUCCCUGCUGACUGGCAUAUGGGAAGACGGUUGACCAGCGAGUUUUGUACAGUUACAAGGGAUAUUCUUUAUCGAAUAAUGACAAGAAGGCGGCAGGAUCUCGACUGGAAAUUGUUGGGGCAUGCAAUUCAACAUACAAAAAUGUUUGAGGCACUUUUGACAAAGAGAUUUCCUGAAAAAGAUGGAAUUUCAUUCGAAAAAGCUAUUUGGAGUGUUUUUGAUACUUUCUUGGAUGUAUUUAUAAAUGCUCAAGAGAAAACUUUAAAUGAGUUCCUGGACACUUGUGCAAGCAAAAUUCGUUCUGGUGAAGAGAAACCAAGUCGAGAAUCAUCCACACACGCAGUUCCAUUUCCAUCUUCUGCAGAUAUGUUCCUUCUUCUUAAAAAAGUUAUCACUGAAUCUAGCAAGUUGAGCAGUGAACCUGAUGCAUUGAUAAGGGACGUAAUCGGUGUUGUCCGUGUCUGUCUGCGAGGAUAUGCUACGUCAUGUCUCGUUGCUUUCCUGCCAUCUCUCGGAUCUCAACAAUCCGGUGCAGCGAAUCUUUUCAGCUUAAUCAGAGAAGAAAUCGCAUAUCCAAGACUUACUCCAGAUCAACAAUUUCUCGUUUGUUGUAUUCUGGCCACAGCAGAUUGGUGUGCUGAAACAUCCAUUCAACUACAAGAAAAAUUGUCACAAAGGAUCCCUGGAGUUGAUAUUUCACAAGAGACUGAAGCUUUUUAUUCAAUUACAAAUCAAUCACUCCAGGUUUUAGUUCAGGAUGUUGAGUCCACUUGUGAUGCUGCUCUACAGUCGAUCAGUAAAGUAAACUGGACUGCAGUGGAUUGUGUAGGUGAUGAAUCCCCAUUUAUUGGAUCAAUGCGGGCUCAUCUUCGACAAGCAGUUCCUCUCAUUCGGGAUAUGCUCUCCGAUCGCCGAAAAUAUUUUGCUCAUUUUUGCCUAAAACUCGCAACUCAACUUGCUCACAAAUUUGUUGGAUCAUUAUUCCGUUGCCGAACAAUUAGUACUCAUGGAGCUGAGCAACUGUUACUUGAUACUCAUUCGCUAAAAACAUUUUUGCUCAGUGUACCAUCAAUUGAUAGUAUUAUCAACUCAAAACCACCAACGGCAUACGUUACCAGUGUGAAUGCAGCUCUGACAAAAGCUGAAAUGAUUUUGAAAGUAGUAAUGUGCAGUUUGGAGACUGUCGAUGAAUUUGUUGAACAAUAUAUUAAACUUCUACCAGCGUCGGAUGCAGCAGAAAUGCAAAAAGUUCUUGAAAUGAAAGGAGUUAAACGACAAGAGCAUUCGGCAGUUCUCAACGCUUAUCGAUUGAAAAUCGGUGCAUCUGGCUCGGAUCCAAUUCAACAAUCGAAUAGUCUAACUUCUCGGAUUGGUGGAGCACUACCAACUGUUGGAAGUGCAGCAUCUGUAUCUGAAGCAUUCAAUGCAGUUGUAUCAAUGGCAGCAGAUGGAUUGUCUGAUCAAGCAGUGACGUCAUCAAUUGAUAAGCUUAAAAGAUUCGAAAGACUAGUCAAACGACAAUUGUGAUUGUUGAUCUACUACCAAAGAACGAAAUUUAUAAUUUAUUUACAUAAUUUUAUUUGAAAGUUUCUCAGAAUACUCAUCGGAGUUUUGUAUUUAUUUAUUUAUUCAUGUGAAAUGUUUUAAUAGUUGUGAAUAAGAUUUCUAAUUCUUACUUUU